CCUCUGCGAACACUAUUUAUAGCCCCUCUGUAUCUCAGCAGCUGUCCCUUCCUCUAUCUCCGCGCCCAGCUCCUCUCACGUUACGGCCCUCCACUCCUCGGACUACAGUGUCAGCGGGCUGUGCUACCCUCUCCCUCUCCCUCACAGAGCCCUUUGCAGACCCAGGUCACUAACCCUGCCUCGAGCCCCCGGUCGCACCGCUCUGGUGGCGGAGUGAAGAUUGGAAGGUUAACCAGCAGAGAAGGUAAUGGGCGCGUGGCUUAUGGCGGACGGUGUGUGUGCGUGGUGAGGGAGAGGUGUGAUCCGCUCAGGGUCUGCAUGCUCUGCUUAGCACUUCCAUUUGGGCUCUGAUGGCCUCUGAGAAAUGGCCUCCUCCUUCUGCUGCUGAAACUAUUUAUAGGAGGGGGCUCUAAUGAAAGCAGGGCCAGACACAGUGAAGCAGUUUGCUGUGCUCCGUCUCCCUCAGUGAGUAAAAGGGCUUUUAGUUUUGUCUAAACUGUUAUUGAAAUGUUGUAAUACGUUUGUCUAGUUACUAAGUAGCUGUACGCCAAAUAUUAUUUGAUGCCUUUGUCAAUUGACCAUUAUUCUUGGUGGCUUUAAUGGAUUUUGCGCACACAUUAAGUGUGUCCAGGCCCACAUAUAUUAAAUACUGAGUACAGACAUUCAGUCCUGUCUCUUGUUGUGUGAAAAGCUGUAGUUAAACAAUCAAUUUCAUGUGUUCUGUCCUCAGGGCCGCUUGGUCCCACCGCCCUGUUGUGUGCAGGAAACAAGCUCACAAUUUCCCACCGCUCACCCCUAAGUUGCCGUUCUUGAACGCUACUCGCGAUACAUCGUCCUCUUCUCGGCUGUCUUUUUAUAAUUAUUUUCUGUUUCAUUUAUUUUACACUCCAUCCAGCUUGUUCCAUGACUUCUGGCCCGUGACCAUGGCGUACAAAUCCCGCUUUUCAUUCUGGGAGAAAAAGGUUAAAGUUGAGAACAAACCAGAUUCUGAUGGAGACAGCAGUCAGCCUCAGGCAGCUGCUAAAUCUGGGUUAGACCCAGGAAGCGGCGCACAGUCAGCGGUGUCGUCGGCUGAAGAGUCAAACCGCAACGCUGCCAUGGGCGGCUCGGACAGUCCGGGGGAGGAGCAGAGCUCAAGCGGCAAAAAGGUGGUGAGGGUUGUGAGGAGAGUUGUCAGGAACGAGGUUCCCGCUCUGCCGGUUGAACAGAACCUCCCCGCCGCCUCGGCGGCUGCAAAGGCCGCCUCGGCGGCAGACUCCCAGUACCUCAGAACCGGCACAGCGGCUCGGCAGGACAAGGACGACAUCUCCAUGGGUCUGACUAGCCUGAUGGGCAGAGGCAAAACCAAGGAGCACCGGCCUCGCACCCGCACCCAGGAACGCAAAGAGGACACGAAAAAGGAGGCGAUGGAGGAGGAGGAGGGGAAAGGAGAGGUGGAGCAAGAGGAUGAAAAAGCUGCCGUGGAAAAAAACGAGGUUGUCACAUCUGUGCUCACUGCUGGGGAACCAAACCCGGCACCGCCCAAAUUCAACCCCCUCACCCCUCCGGCUGGAUUCAUCCCCGCUCCCAAACACGACCCACUGGCCCCGCCUGCCGGUUUCAUCCCGCUCCCCAAGCAGAACCUGAUGACACCUCCACCUGGCUUCAUCCCUGCCAGAAAAUCCAGUGCGGGGUCCACGCAGCAGAAUCCCCUUGCGAGACCCCCGGGAUUCAUCCCCGUCCAAAGAACGGACCCCCUGGCUCCUCCUGCAGGGUUCAUCCCGAAACCCCGUCUGGUUGCUGUAAGGAAGCCUGAGGGAAAGGAGACACCUUGUCCCCCUGCGGCCCCCGACGGUAAGCCGCCCCCCGUUGCUCUGCCCCCGGCUCAGUCUGCGCCGAAUGAACAGGCGUGUGUUCAUCUAGCUGCGAAGGUCCCGGAGCUGGUGCCUUCUGAGGAGGACUACAAGCGCAUGAGGAGGAUCUUCGCCACCAGUGUCAAUGAUGUAACUUGUCUCUUUGUGACUUUGCUUUACCAAGACUUGCCCUGCUACCAGCCUGUCGACUUCCUAGCUCCCCCAGAUAAAGGGAGAUGUGCUAAAAGGACACGGUCCACGGAGGAGGGGGUGGGGGGAGGGUCUCUGUUGCAAGUUAUUGGAUGACUUAAAGGAUGGUAAAGGCCUUUUUGGUAGCAUGACCUGAACUUAAUGUUCAAUGGAUGUUGAUGGUAAUAUACUGGAAGUAGGACGCUAUGUGGAGGCUAUGUGGACUAAAUCUUCCAUAUUGAUAUAGGUAACUUUUUUUAAACUGUAUAUAAAUCAUAAUAAACAAUAUUUUUUUCAGGUUACAAAAAAAUAUCAACAUUAAAUAACCAGAUGAGCUUCCAGGGGGGCCUCUUGUUGUAUUGAGGCUCUCAACAGGAAGUAUUUUUUUGUCACUUUCAAUUUUGGAUCAAUACAUGCUAUCGUAAAGGGUAUUCCGUGUGAUUGAUAGCUAACACUUUUGUGUCAGAAUCAGGUUUAAACACUUUAAUUGUACAGCUGUAGCUGUGUUUCUCCUGUCAUUCAUUCUGAGGUGUUAACUGCUUUGUUAUCAGUUCCAGAAGUGCACAUGUGUGCUCUCUGACUUCUUACCGUGCCCAUUGCUAUUAUUGUGGCAGUGUCCGGUUAUUUCUUCUCUCAAAGUCCAGAGCUCUUUCUGAAAGGCC